AUGAGCAACGUCCGCCAAGAACAGCCUCGGGAUGCCAAUGUUGGAAUUCACGAUGGAGCUUUUGCAGAUGACUCAGAGAAAAGCGUGAGAGGAGAAGUGACCGUAAUCGUAGUCGAUGACAACAGCGACGAGGAAGAUGAAAAACAAGAUGAAAAACAAAAAACGAUCCCUCUGCUUGUCGAUGGUGGCAAUGACAAAAAAGCGAGCAAAACAUCUGCUGAUGCCAGAGAGUUGCAUUGGGGCUUGAAUGUCAAGGAUGCCGUGAAGCGGCUUCCAGACUUGGACCCGCUGAGCGAUUUCAUGUACGCCCAUCUUGGCAUUGCUUCCAAGGGAGAUGUUGAAUGGGCCAUUGACAGGGCCUACAAAAUGCAGCAUGUGCGCAGAAAGUACAAGAUCCGUGGAACAUAUGAAGAAGGCACCAAGGCAAUUCGUAAAAUGAUGGAAAGGCUACCCAGACAAGCCCUUUCCUUCACUUUCAAUCCCCACAGUGGCAAGGUUGUCAUGGUCAUGGAUACUGCCGAGUCUCUCACAGGGAUCUUUAAGGACCAAAAGAGUGAGGAGACUGUGAUACGGGGUUGCUUCUAUGCUUGCUAUGCAAUGUUUCCUUCCUUCGAAUGUGUUCGAGUGGGAAACACUAUAAUUGGGGACGAGGCCUUCUCCAUGCCAAGCUUUUUGCCAAACUCACUGAGAAUACACAUGAGGCAUUUCCUAGCGUAA